AUCCCCACUUCGGCGAAGUGCUCUUGCUGGCCGCCGUCGACCCUUCAGUUCUUGUGCUAUAGUGUUCUUAGUGGUUUCGUGUGUUCCCAUUUUCAUAUCUCCUCGUGGAACUGAAAAGAAUGUCGAAGAAACGGUUCGAACGGGAUGUUUUGGAAUGGACCAAAUUCGUUUUCGAAAUGCUGUGGGGUGUUAUUGUGACCGCCGGUCUCAUAAUAAAGGAGAUUUUCGAACUAGUUGUCUCAUCGAAAUCAAAAAGUUUAGUCGGCCAACACGUCCUGGUGACAGGAGCGGCCCGAGGAUUGGGAAGGGAAAUAUGCCUUCGCCUCAUCAGAGAAGGAUGUUCCAUGACUUGCGUCGACGUGAUGCUGGAGGGAGCCAAAGAAACGGCGGCGAUAUGCAACGCCGUCCGCUCAGGCUGUGCCAAAGCGAAACUCUGCGACAUCACAGACCGCGAAAGCAUAAAACGGCUCUUAAAAGACAUCCCGCCUGUCGACGUGCUCAUCAACAACGCGGGUAUCGUCAGCUCGGCCGAUAUCCUCGAGGUCACAGAUGAGCACAUUGAAAAAAUGAUGGCUGUCAACGUCAUGUCUCACUUUUGGACGAUACGCGCAUUUCUUCCUGGGAUGAUCGAACGAGGCAGGGGACACAUAGUAGCGAUUGCUUCUGCUGCAGCAUUCACCUCAGCUGCCAACAUCGCACCGUACACGGCGACGAAAUACGCCGUCACAGGAAUGAUGGCGUCCCUCAGGGAAGAAUUCAGAAGAGCCCAUCCACAAAUAAAGACAACGACUAUCCAUCCAUUUUUCAUCACGCCACCACCAUCCAGUGUAGAGCACUGGAACAAAGAAUCGAGGAUUCCUGACGUGACAGCCGGCCAAACCGCUGACAUGACUGUCAUGGGAAUCAAAAAGGAGAAAAUUACAGUCACAGUACCUGCGCAUCUGUAUUUCCUCUUGUUAUUAUUGCAAAUGUUGCCAUCUGCCGCCGGUGAACUUUGGCGGGACAUGUUCUACGCCAAUAUCAACUCUCUGGACAAAAAAAUUAAAGCGUGAUGAAACUUGAUGGGUGUUAUUAAUUUUUUUCGUUGCAUCAUUUUUCGAAAUUAUCUUCACGACUUCUCAACCAGGUUCUUCGGGACAUUGGUUUUAAUUGGUUUCGCCAUAUCGACGCUAAGCCGGUGGGAUGUCGUGAAACCAAAAAGAAUUUAAACAGUGUAAAUAGUUAUUUGUUGUAAAUAAAUCAAAAUACAGCUUUUCCGGCAGAAUUGAUCAAAAGAAUAGUUGCACAUCUAGAUUUUCGAAGUUUUGCGUAUUUAUUUCGUUUAAAAACGCGAAUUUGGUUUGACCGGUUAUCCUCCUCAGAGUCACACCUUUUUAGUUGUUUUAAUAUUAAAAAAUUAGAAAAUUAAGCUCGUAGUGUUUAAAAAUUUAAAAUUUUAAUCAAAAAUCUUUAUACAACUUUAUAAUCAAAAGAUUUCUUUUCUAAAAUUAUGAUAUUUGCUCAAAUAAAAAGAGUGCUUUAUGUAUUAGUAUGUGAGAGUGGUAACCCAUUUUUGUUUUCGAUAAUAUUAAUGGGUUCCCUUUUAUGUGUUAUGUAUAUACAUAUGUUUAAAUAUAGUACAAUGGUUUCAAAAA